CUCCCCCAUCAUCACGGUUGCACCGGCGCAAUCACAAAAGGUCGGUCAUAAAAUCCAAGGAAAAGAAUCGACAAACCUCAACACUCUUGUUCACUGUAAACGCGUAGCUGUCCCAUUUCUCAUUCCUUUGCAUCAAGAUGCGCCGGACAUUUACUCUCCUACCUUUUUUAACGCUUUUGACCUCGACCUUGUCCUUUGCUACCUCCUUUGAGCAUGUCCCUACAAAACCUCUUGACCCUGAGGGAGUUCCGAAGCGGUACGACUAUAAGCAAUCAUUUAAGAAGCCGUACUUUCUGUAUGACGACGUUGAGAUCCCGUUCUUUGAGCAUCAUGGAUCGACACUUUUGAGCCAUGAAUACGUUCGUCUUACACCAAGUGUACCAGACUCUAAGGGAACAAUUUGGUCUCAAAAGCCAAAUCCGCAUAGUGAAUGGCAAGUGCUGUUCUCCUUUUCUGUAACGGGUCGUGGGUAUAUUGGUGGAGAAGGGUUCGCGUUUUGGUAUACGUCACGGCCAAUGCAGAUAGGACCGAUGUACGGAAGUGAAGACAAGUGGGAAGGAUUGGGCAUUGUCUUUGAUACAGCCGACCAGCUGGAGAAUAGAUACACUCCCUUCAUUUACGGGGUAAUGAACCACGGCAAGCAGGAAAUGGCUCAUCGAAAAGAUUACCUUGCAACGUCUCUUGGAGGCGCUUGUUUCCGUGACUAUCGUAAUGACCCAGCACAUACUUGGGCACGUGUGACAUAUGCGAAUAGAACUAUCAGACUCGAUAUAGACUUGCGGCAAGGGGGACACGGUUUUGUACAGUGCUUUGAGCAGGCAGGCAUCGAUCUGCCUAAAAAUUAUUACUUUGGAUUGUCAUCAGCGACGGAAGCACAUCUCGCUGACGAUCACGACAUUCACUCUUUCGAAGUAUAUGAGCUUGAGCCUAAAUCAACCAAGGCACAUCUGCGACCUCAUGAAAAAGAACACGUUGCUAAAGGGGACGAAUUCAAAAUGAGCGAUGAUAUCAAAAAGAUGAUUAAAAAGAUUGAGGAUACUGUGGAAAGCACCCGAAAGCAAUGGGACACGGAACCUCCAACUGACGCAAUCAAUGCCCAUAUGCCCAGCGUCAUCCAGCAACUACAAGGAAACCAGUUCCAUAUCCUGGAAUCACUGAAUCUCAUCUUGGAAAAGAUUGGAGAACCCAAAAUUCCGCACGACUCAAAGGCGGCUGCUCAUGCCACUACUCAAACCGAAGCGAUCCACGCAGCCGGUUUAAAGUUGGACGACGUUGUACGACAGCUGAACGUACUUUCAAAUGAAAUCCGUGCCUUAACAGAACAGUCACAAAAGACAACAGUCUCCCUCUCCCGCGCACACGACAAAUUGGAUGAAAACCUUCAAAAGGGAUCGUCACAAUCAUCAGCACCACCACCACCAUCACAGUCCUCUCCUCUCGUAGUUGGAUUUAUCGGGUUUUCGGUGGGCAUGCUGGUCAUGUGGGUCAUUAGCGUAGUUAGGAGGAUGGGAGAGGAAAAAACCAAGAAAUUUAUUUGAGAGGGUGUUCCUAUGUAGUUUUUACUCUCGUAGAAAAAGCUUAUGAGGAGAAGGCAAAAAUUCAAACUACCUAGUGGACCAGUUAGGAACAGAUAAUAGGAGCCUGUUGUUUUCUUUUGACUGUAAUUUCCUCUUGCUGUUGAAUACAACCGGCAACGGGGUCUGUGCAUUUGGUGA